AUGGGGAAAAGAAAGACGGCUGCUAAGCCUGUUAAGCAGGUAAAGCAAAAGCUAGAGCUGACAUUUACUUGUUUGUUUUGUAACCAUGAGCGCUCGGUGAUUUGCACAUUGGACAAGAAGAACUCGCUCGGUGAACUCAACUGCAAAAUCUGUGGUCAAUCAUUCCAAACAGCAAUCAAUUCGUUAUCACAGCCAGUGGAUGUUUACUCAGAUUGGAUCGAUGCUUGCGAAGAUCUCGCGGAACAAGCCGAUCGUGAAGGGGAGGCCGAAGACAGUGGUGACGAUGACAAUGACCGCGAUCCGAUCUUGGACUCGGAUGAUGAUGGCUACUGA